AUGGAUGCGUCUGCAGUUCCGUCUCCGUUGGAUUGUCCGAUAGUGUCGAUUAAUGUACGCGUGUGGCGCUUCUGGUCGUUCAUCUUGCGGCACAACUUCAUGCGCUACAUCAGCGUCAUCCCAGUAGGCGUGAUGACAGCGUUUAUGUUUACCGAUCUUUACCGCGCGUGGGGCAACAUUGACGAGGUGAUCAUCAACGCCUUCUUCGCUGUGCUGUGGUUUAACGCUUUGAUCCGGGGAAUGAUGUUGAUUCACAGCCGCGAAACGUAUGAAGGCUUCUUGGGACGAAUUGCCGUUGUUUACAAAGAAAUUGAAGCUUUAAAAGAUGAGACGAUCCAGGACUUGGCUAAGAAGCUUACGACGACAGCACGCAAAAUAUCUUUUGCCAACCUAGCCUUGGGAGCGUUUAUAAGUGCUGGUUACGUAGUGUAUCCGCUGUUCGCUGAAGGACGACGACUGCCGUAUGGAAUGUAUCUUCCUGGGUUUGAUCAUUUCCAAUCACCACAAUAUGAGUUGCUGUACCUGGCUCAAGUAAUCCUAACGUUUCCCGGUUGUUGUAUGUACAUCCCGUAUACCAGCUUUUUUGUGACCUGUUCACUGUUUGGCCAGCUGCAAAUUAAGAUAGUUCAACAUCAGUUGCGAGAGUUGCAGACGGAUAAGGCGAAGAUCGAAAGCAGACUGGUUUCUAUCAUCAAACGACACCAACAAGUUAUCAUUUAUGUUCGAGAAUUAAACUCAUUGGUAACGUACAUAUGCAUGAUGGAGUUGGUUUCAUUUGGAACGAUGCUGUGUGCCUUGCUGUUCUUGUUGGUUAUAAUCGACAACUUUGCACAGGUCGCUAUCGUUAUGUCGUACAUUUUUAUGUUAAUUUCCCAGAUCAUGGCCUUCUACUGGUAUGGAAACGAGAUCCGAGAGGAGAGCAUGGCCAUCGCCCUGGCCGCCUACAGUGGACCGUGGCUUGAGCUGGACACGAAAAUAAGGAAAAUAGUUCUGCUGAUUAUUCUCCGCGCUCAGCGACCUUUGCAGAUUACCGUUGGAAACGUGUAUCCGAUGACGCUGGAAAUGUUCCAAUCCCUGCUGAAUGCGUCCUAUUCGUAUUUCACUCUGCUGAAACGGGUUUAUAGCUGAACGCAUCCGCACGUGACGUUGAACUUCAGUAACGGGCGAUUCGAAGGAAAAUUUAACGUGAUUA